AUCCUUCGUCGAGCCGUUGGGGGAAUAAGGUAAGUGGAGCUGAGCUCGCGGCAGGCAGUUUGGAUCCCGGCUUGUGCCCCGCACUAGACCCAUUCGAGAGCUCUACCCCUGUUGCCAAUCUCAGGGCCCAAGAUAGCCCCGCCAAAAGGAGGGAACCAAGUAUUCUGGGCGUUGACCGCUCUGAUCUUUUGAACCCUCCCAACCCAACAGUGUCCCGCCAGAUACCCGCCCUUCUUUCUUUUCUUUCCUUUUCUCAAGCAAAUACGAAAGAUGGCUGAAAAGGUGUAUCGCGCCAGCACCACGGCGCCGGUGAAUAUCGCUGUGGUCAAGUACUGGGGCAAGCGCGAUGCCAAGCUCAACCUGCCGACGAACAGCUCGCUGUCGGUGACGCUCUCGCAGGCCGACCUCCGCACGCUGACGACGGCCUCCUGCUCGGCCUCGUACCCGGCGACGGAGGGCGACUCCCUCCUGCUCAACGGCGAGCAGUCCGACGUCUCGGGCGCGCGCACACAAGCCUGCUUCCGCGAGCUGCGCGCCCGCCGCACCGCCCUCGAAGCCGCCGACCCGUCGCUGCCCAAGCUCUCGACCAUGCCGCUACGCAUCGUGUCCGAAAACAACUUCCCCACGGCCGCGGGCCUGGCGUCGUCGGCGGCCGGCUUCGCCGCGCUGGUGCGGGCCAUCGCGAAUCUCUACGAGCUGCCCGCGUCGCCGGCCGAGCUGAGCCUGAUCGCGCGGCAGGGGUCCGGGUCGGCCUGCCGCAGCCUGUUUGGCGGGUACGUGGCGUGGCGCAUGGGCAGCGCGGCCGACGGCAGCGACUCGAUGGCCGAGCAGGUCGCCGAGGCCGCGCACUGGCCCGACAUGCGCGCGCUGAUUCUCGUGGUGUCGGCCGCCAAGAAGGGCGUCAGCUCGACCUCGGGCAUGCAGCAGACCGUUGCCACGUCGGGCCUGUUCCAGGAGCGUAUUGCUCGCGUCGUGCCGCAGAAUAUGGCCGCCAUGGAGAAGGCCAUCCGCGAGCGGGACUUUGCGGCCUUUGCUGAGGUCACCAUGCGCGACUCCAACUCGUUCCACGCGACCUGUGCCGAUACGUACCCGCCCAUCUUCUACAUGAACGAUGUCUCGCGGGCGGCGAUCCGUGCGGUCGAGCAGAUCAAUGCGGCGGCGGGGAGGACAGUGGCUGCCUACACGUUUGAUGCGGGCCCGAACGCGGUUAUCUACUACCUGGAGAAGGACACCGAGGCGGUCGUGGGGACCUUCUACCAGGUGUUGGGCGGAGCGGUCGAUGGCUGGAAGGAUGCGGUCAUCAAGGGCCUUAAGCCGACAUUGUCCGUGGACGAAGGGGUCGUUGGCUUGCUGAAGGGUGGUGUCAGCCGGGUGAUUUUGACCGGGGUGGGUGAGGGACCCCUCAAAACGGAGGAGUAUCUAGUUGCCGAAGACGGAAAACCGGUGAGGAGAUGAGCUGGCCGGUUGCGCUCAGGGAGGGUGCUCGAGGCGAGACUGGAAUGGUAUG